GAUAGUGAAACGCCAAAAGCGUAUUCGAAUCUGCAUCUGCUACUUCCGUCUGAUUUUAUUCCCCCAACGUUCUUCAUUUUCAAAACUGGAAAAGCGACUUUAGCUAAAAUCAUAAUCCGUCCCACUUAAUGAAAAUAAAAGCGUGAUAUACCCAGACUGCAAUUUGGCGAGAGAAUCCGGCCUCAAAUUUCAUAGCGGCAAUCAGACGCAGGAGAUCCCUCUCCUCUUCUCUCUCUUGUCGCGUCUCGGCCAAUGGACGGAGGAAUCACCAACUUAACAACUGAAGAGAGGACGAAUUGUCAGCGCCUCACUCCUCUGACCACCGCGAAUCUCCUCGAUUCCGUCGAUGCUUUUCUCUUUGACUGCGAUGGUGUGAUAUGGAAAGGAGAUGCUCUGAUUGAUGGUGUCUCGGAUACUCUAGAUACUCUUCGAGCAUUGGGGAAAAAGCUGGUUUUUGUAACGAAUAACUCGACAAAAUCCAGAAGGCAAUAUGCUAAGAAGUUCCACUCGGUUGGCAUUUCCGUUUCUGAGGAUGAGAUUUUCUCCUCGUCGUUUGCUGCUGCCAUGUACUUGAAAGUCAUUGAUUUUCCUAAAGAAAAGAAGGUAUAUGUAAUUGGUGAAGAAGGCAUAGGGGAGGAAUUGCAGCUUGCUGGUUUUACCUCCCUCGGUGGUCCUGAAGAUGGGAAGAAAACUGUCCAGUUGAGACCAAAUUACCUCUUUGAGCAUGAUAAGAGUGUGGGAGCUGUGGUGGUUGGACUUGACCAAUAUAUAAACUAUUACAAGCUACAGUAUGCCACUCUUUGCAUACGUGAGAAUCCGGGAUGUUUAUUUAUUGCUACAAAUCGGGAUGCUGUUGGACAUCUCACUGAUCUACAAGAAUGGCCUGGUGCCGGAUGUAUGGUUGCUGCAGUAUGUGGUUCAACACAGAAAGAACCAAUUGUAGUUGGAAAACCUUCUACAUUUUUGAUGGAGUUUUUACUGAAAAAAUUCAACAUCCCUACUUCAAGAAUGUGUAUGGUUGGGGACAGAUUGGAUACUGAUAUUUUAUUUGGACAAAAUGCUGGUUGCAGAACUCUUCUUGUUCUUUCAGGUGUGACCGAUAUAUCAGAUCUUCAAGAUUCAAAGAACCACAUUCGACCAGAAUACUUCGCAGACAAGGUGUCGGAUAUCAUUAGGUUUAUACAAUAACAGUUUCUAAAUUGGAAGAUAUGGGAUUGACUGCGUGCAAGAAACUUCAAGGACGGAAUAAAACCCAGAAAAUUUCAAGCAUGAACUGUGGUCUAUAUCUUCGAGUCUCUUGUGGACCGGAACACAUUUAUUUUAGAUAUCAAUUCAAAGUUUAGUAAGAUGUUUCCCCUUAAUCCCAGUUUCCUACAUCCCCAAUCUGGCACACCUGUUCGUCAAAGUUGUUAGUAUCUCGUUAACGAUUUGAGAACUGAGGCAUUAGAUUCAUACGUCCACAAGGACUUAUAGUUACAAGUAUGCCCUUGGCCCCAUGGUUCUCAGUUCACAUGCAUACGGCAAAACCAAGGAUGACAACUUGUUUUUGUAUACACUCUGUUGAGAGUUCGACCUCCACCAGGUGGCAUGUGUGGAGGUCGCCCCUGUUGAGUGUUAGAUCUUCCAACCCCAACUCCUUGAGGUCGACACCAGGUCGCGUAUGUUAAGGUCGCCGUUCAGACUUGUCACCAUGAGGAUGCUCACGAAAUCACGCACUCUGAGGUCGUUCCUACUAAACGCGUAAUCUUUUAUUCUCGAGUAUUUUCAGAUUGAACUUUUAGCCAAUUGCUACGCUUUUCUUUUAGGCAUUUAUCUAGUUUGUCACGGCUAAUCAAUCAUUAGACAAGAAUAUUCAUAACAAGGGACACAUAAUUUAAAAUUGUAUCACUUUAAUUUCGAUCGUUUUCUUGACCACAGAAAUCUAGCACACAUAAUUUGCAAUUUUAUCGUUGACUAUCACAAUAAAUAAAUUAUAGUUGACUGAUUACAACUUUCAAACAAAGAACAGGAAAGAGGAGUUGUGUUACCUUACGCGUCUUUGCAAUUACCUGUAAAUUAUAUUUCUUAUCAUAUUUCUUCAACUGCCAAGCCGAUAAAUUAGCUGUAUGCUCUCAUUUCAAUCAAUUUCUAAAUCCCCGGGAUAUUAAAGAAACCAGUCUUUGCAAUUCAGAUCUCUGCACAGAAAUCAAGAGAACAUGCAGCAUUUCCUCAAGUUUUUGUUCGUGCUCACAAUCAUUUGUCUCCUCCUCACAUCCGCCGUUGCUCCUCCUACCGGCGGCGGAGGUGGUGGCAGUAGCGGGGGUGGAUCAAGGGGUAUCACUGGGGGAUCCAGCGGUGGUAGCACUAGCGGCGGUAAAGGUGGAGGUAGUACCGGCGGCAAAGUUGGUGGGAGUACAAAUAAUAAAGGCGGUGGAGCUGGGGGAGGAGGAGGUGAGGACGGUGAUGGUGGAAGCUCCACCGGUGGGCAAAACGGGGGAGGAACCAAUAUUGUGCGUCCAGUGCCUAAUGGGCGGCCCCUGAGCAGAAACAGCAGCCCAUCUACAUCAUCUUUGGGAUGGGAUUACUUAAUCAUCUCAUGCAUAGCUAAUUAUGCUCUGUUAAUCCAAUUACGCUAAUUAUAGGGGAAAUUAUAUUAGAUUAGUCCAUGAGUUAGGUUGUAAUUAUUGGAUAUUGAUUAUAGCUAUUCAAUUGUGUGCACAAAAAAAUAAAAGUUGAACCAAUUCUGCCAUGAUCAGUUGAUGAAGAAUUCUUGUAUAACAAAUUUUAAUUGUUGGAGUGGAUGUUAAUGUGUUUGCAUUAUUACAUGUACUAUACAUCUAUUCAAGUAUGUGAGGCGUGUUGAUGUAUGUCGUAAUUCAAGAAA